GGCGCGCUACUCUAUCUCAUUCUGUCACAUUUCAAACUUGUCAAAAUACAUUGUUAAGAAUUUACGAUUGUUGUUUUGCUUGUAAACUUGAAUUUUAUACUUAUUAAAUCAAAAUUGUGAUAAAAAGAAUAAACAAUGGCUUCUCAAGUAUCAAGGACGAGUACUGGUGAAAGUUUUGAAAGGAAACUUCGUUACAGACAGAUUCUGGAGUAUCUAUCCACUUUAGAAAAUGAAGCUGAUGACAAUGUGGACUGUAUGGAUAAGACCAGAGAGAUGGUCAAGGAGGCGAAGGCUCUAUUUGCAGAGUCUACUCUUGAGGAGAAAAUUAAGGAUCCAGGCGAGGAGUACCUGGACUCGCGCGUGAUGCGCGCCGCCAGUGACAUCACGGUGCGGUGCUCCGUGGCAGUCAGCUGCAACGUCAACACGUACGACCGACACGAGCUAGCUAAGCAUAUUCAAGAGAACCCCCAGUUCUGGCAGUUCACGUUUCCCCUGGAGGUGCCGGUGGUGGGGCACCUGUUCGGCACGUUCGCCCCCACGCCGCCCGAGCAGAGGCCGCGCGUCCCUCGCAGGCAGGUUGAGAAGCAGCAGGCUGCGCAGCUUAAAGAACCUGAGAAGGUGGACAGGCUAGAGAAACAAGAAGAAGGCUCGGCGAUGGUGACCAAAGUGCACCGCUUCAUAAACAAGUGGUACAAGCAGCGCCGCGCCCCGCUGAGCUACUUCCACGCCGUGCUGGACCCCACCAGCUUCAGUCGCAGCGUCGAGAACAUCUACCAUGUCUCCUUCCUCGUUAGGGAUGGGAAGGUCUCUAUUACAUUAGAUGAACAAAACGGCCUGCCGUUCAUAACUCCGCUAUCGACAGAGCAGCAGGAGUCGAACAGGACAGAGGAGAAACAAUUCAUAGUCUCCAUAGACAUGCGGAGGUGGCAGGAACUAGUCUCAGCAUUCGACAUAAGUGAACCUAUGAUGGUGUUGAAGAAAUAAUCAGUUUUAUACGUUAAAUUAUUGUGAUUUUAUACCAAAAUGUUGAUUAUGUAUGUGUGUACGUCACAAAGCGUUAUUAUUAUGUACUAGCUACUUCCGCGCGGUUUCACCCGCUCUGCUUAGCUCCUAUUGGUCAUAGCGUGAUGUUUUAUAGCCUAUAGCCUUCCUCGAUAAAUGCACUAUUCAACACAAAAAUA